UCUCGCUAGCCAGUAAGGUCAAGGUAAGUGAUGUAUCAUCUUUAUAAAAUGCAAUAUAUCGCAAGCCCCGUCUCACUCAGCUGACGUUGAAUUGGUCAGCUGCCGAAUGGCAAGCUCAUGCCCCAGAUCCAGCUGGGCUUGUACUUGAUGAGCCGCCAGGAAGUCAAAGCAGCCGUGCCGUGGGCGUUGGCUGCAGGCUACCGGGGCUUUGACAGUGCCCAGAUGUACCGCAAUGAAAGGGAAGCCGGGCAAGCUAUCCGGGAAUACCUUUCCGGCUCUAACGGCAGUACGGGGGACCUCACGCGCCUGGACGUAUUUUACACCUCGAAACUAGCUAGCAAUAGCACAUCUUACCAGACCGUGCGCCGGUCUAUACGGCAGUCUGUUGAGGCCUGCGGGCUCGGCUAUAUCGAUCUGUUUCUCCUCCAUAGCCCGUAUGGCGGUCGCGAGGCUCGACUGACGAGUUGGAAGGCCGUUGAGGAUGCGAUCGAUGAGGGGGAGGUCAAGUCGGGUGGAGUCAGCAACUACGGAGUCAGACACAUAGAAGAGCUCAUAGCGUCAAAGCCAAGGAUUGCUCCAACGGUCAACCAAAUCGAGGUACACCCUUUCAACACGCAAACUGAGAUCAGGGCCGCAUGCGCCAAGUACGGAAUCGUCGUCGAGGCCUACGCUCCGCUAGCUCGAGCCAUGCGUAUGAAGCAUCCGACCAUCGUGGAACUAUCAAAUAAGUAUUCGUGCACGCCUGCGCAGCUAAUGAUUCGGUGGUCGCUUCAGCACGGGCUCGUUCCUUUGCCGAAGAGCGCAAAACGCGAGCGUCUGCUUGAAAACGCGCAGGUAGGUGGCUUUGAGAUCUCCGCGGAGGAUAUGGAGACGAUGGACGGACUUGAUGAGAAACUGGUUACGGAUUGGGAUCCUACCGAUGCGCCUUGAAGCAGUGGUAGAACCAUGAGCCAUCGAUGUUGAACUAUAUUUUAUAGGGUAGAUUGGGUUGCACGUUUCUUAUAACUAAAAAUUAAAGGGGGGGUCACUAUCACUUCAUUGUCUAUAUUCACCAAAAUCUUCUCUAAUGGUCACAGACAAACCUGUAUAUAAAGAUCAGAUUGGAACCAAACCAGUAUGUAAAUUCUACAUGUAGUCUCUGAGUAGCUCGACUUUGAGAGAAAUGCCUAUGUCAUACUUUUGCUAGAACUCAGUAGCGAUUGUGAGAAACAGACAGCACAAACCCUAUAGUUG